CCAGUUUGUGAGCUGCUAAUCUUUAUUACCUGGAUCGAGGUCAGAAAGCAGUAUUUAAAUCAUUUUUUUAGCCUGUUUUGCUGAAAGUCAUCGAACGGGCAGGAUGUUUUGUCGUCAAUUCUGGAUUCUAGCUGCAAUUUGUGGAGGUUUCUUACUGCUGUAUUGUGCACUGCUUACAAAUUCAACCUUAAAUGCAUAUUCGUCUACAAGAAAGAAAUAUGAUGCUUAUCCUGCAUAUAAUAAAUACGUGGCUGUAUCAUCUAAUACCUAUCCUUCAUUUGAAAAACAUAAAUCUGUGUCAAACCAUUCUGGACUAUCUAACCGUUGUGUAAGAUAUUUUUCUGUAUGGUUAGGGCCACGCGGAAGUUGGCCCGAAUAUGCUGUGAUUGAGAAUCUUUUAAAAGACGCACAAGAUCAUAAAAGUACAAUCAAUAACAGUAGAAUUAUAUUGAGCAAAGAAAAUCCCAGUUUUUUUCAAGAAUGUCCAGACUUCACUUGUGAUGUAGUCAUAAUAGGAAUGCAGUCAAUAGAAAAUCGCUCUGUUCUGGAACACAGCGAUGCCAUAUUUUUUAAUUUAAUGCCUAAAAUACAUAGAGAGAAAACACAUGAAUUUUUAGAACAAUCAAUCAAGGACCUGCCAUCUAACAUAAAAAUUUUGUUUUAUUCCAUGGAAAGUCCACUGAUGCUGAAUUACUUUGAUCCACAAAUUGACAGAAUCAAAUAUCAUAUUGACAUGACUUAUUUUUCUGACACUGAUGUACACCUUCCGUACGGUCGGUACAUUUUCGGAGAGCCGACAGACAGAGAAUUGAUUAACUAUGCCGAAAAUAAAACUGACCUUCUUGUGUGGGUUGCUUCCAACUGUAAAAAAACAUUUUGGCCCCGAAUGGACUGGGUGAAAAGUCUAGAGAAAUUGAUAACAUUUGAUACAUAUGGCAGAUGUGGUAGGAAUAUUGGCUGUCUUCCUCGAAUGUCCACAGAAUGCGCCAGGAAGCGAUCCCAUUAUAAAUUCAUUCUUGCCUUGGAGAAUUCACAAUGUGACGGAUAUGUGACCGAAAAGUUUUGGUUGAAUGGUGUCAUGAAUGGUAUAGUCCCAAUUGUUUAUGGAGGUACACGUGCCGCUUAUGAGCACAUAGCUCCCCCCAAUUCCUUUAUCCACAUCGGUGACUUUUCCUCGCAGCAGGAACUUGUAAACUACCUCCUCAAAGUGGACAAGAAUGACAGUCUUUACAAUGAAUUCUUUGCCUGGCGGAGGCAAGGUCACAUUGAGAUAGUCUACCCUGAUUUGAAGCCUCAGUCUUUUUGCAAAGUCCUCCCAAAAUUGUCUGAAUCAACUCCUGUCAAGAGUGUCGGGGAUUCUAAUUAUUUUCAAAGUUGUAGAGGAGGUGCCAAAAGACCAUUUAGUGUGGAUGGGGACAUUGAAAGCUGGACACCAUGGAAAUAAACAAGGAAUCACGCUCUGAUCAGGUACACUUCAGAAUAUCAUUAUAAUAUAUUCAUGUGAGGAGUUAAGAAAGAAUUUUUUUUUUCUCAAUGUAAAAUGUAGGUACAUGUUCCUUUAAUUUAUCUUGUUGUUGUUGCAGGAGUUUCUGCAUUUACUGUAUACCAAUAGCUGAAAUUAAUUUACAAUACAGAAAUAUAAUCAUAAUAUGGCAAAAUGUUAUAAUAGAGGAGUAAUAAUAGAGUUUGGACAAUAUUGAAAUUUUAAACACCCUAGGGUAUUCAGCUGCAGGCGCAUACCCUCAUCCACUCCCCUCAGAUGCCCUCAACGGCCUCCCGCAGUCACCCUGGGGAGCAUCAUGACCUUUCACGAGGCGAGCACUGUAGAGCCCUGUGGUAUUCACACUUUAUGAUACAAACUUCAGAUGAUUUAGAAUUAAAAUUAACAUGGUCUUAUGUUGUAUAAAUAAUAAAACAAACCCUCUAAUUCUGUAGCUGUCUUUAAAUUUUAAUUGAUGGUAUUGAAUGCAUUCAAUACAUAUACUUGUAGAUCCAUAAACCUCAAAGGUGUGCUUUUUUUCAAUUGUGAAUCUCUUAUUUUGUUGUAUGAUUUUACAAUUGCAUGGUCAGCUGAUAGACUUUUCCUUCAGCCUUAUUACUUGGGAAUGAAUAAUUUAUUUGUGUCCAGAAAAGAAUACAGUAGUUUCUAAACAAAUAUUUCAAUUUUUUUUAAUAUGCUGGGUAAUAAUGUAAAAAGCGCUUUAAUAGAGACUUGCAAUUUUGCCUAUGUGUUUUGCACUAUACAAAAAUGUUACAUUACUGAUAGUAAUCUAUGAUGGCAUUUAGCAAUUUGGCAAUGGUCUUCAAUUUUGUAUUAAUGGGAAAUGUUGUUGCAAUAUCGAGCUGAUCCCACAAAAUUCCAUUUGAUAGAGUUUAAUUGAAAAUAUGUGAAAGUGGAGAAGCCAUUAAAAUAAAUUAGUUGUCAAGGCAAAUGUACACUGAUACAGGUUUAACCCUAACUCUCCCAGGGUAUUUUGAUUUUGUCAUUCCUGGGGGGGGGGGGGAUCUCGGCCGCCAAUCGAGCGAUGCAAAAAUUUGCACGCUGGUAGUGUGCGAUGUAAUCUACAAGGCUGUAUGGUAAAAUUUUCAAAAAUAAUGAGAUUUUAUUUUAUAUGAAUUAAUUAUGCUAAUUUAUGCAUAAAUCAUACUUUUUGCUCUAAUUCACUAAAUAAAGCUCCUAGAAUGCUAAUUUUUGGUAAAAAUAUUCUUUGUAGCAUUCUUAACAAUCGCAAUUAAAAAAACUUCAGUUUGAAAAUCAA